AACCAAAGGUUUGAUAGCGACUCACGUUUUGAUUGGCCGUUUCCAGUUUCUCUCUGCUUAAAAUCUCUCAAUACAGAGGUUUACGAGUUCAAAUCCAAUGGAGUCAAAUCUUCCUCAAAAUCCACCUAGAAAGCAUAAGUUUGUGCCUAAAGCUCCGCCACGCCGGGCACCAAAGGUUGAAAUUAAAAGCGAAAAGAUUGAGGAAGUUGAUGCUGUUCAGGCAAUGAAUUUGAUGAAACAAUUCCAGGAAAGGUCUAUGAGAGCAAGGCCUAAAAUUGAAAAGAAAGUUAAUGCUUCACAAAUUGCAUUUGGUCAUGGAGCUUUAUCAACCAACUUAAAAUCAUAUGGUGUCCCCAAAGUUGGGAGUGCAAGCAACCAAUAUCAGGGCUCAGCUUUGAAUGGUGGUGCUUAUUCUUCAGGACUUAGAGAGAAGGAAUACACGGAACCAUGGGAUUAUCGCAGCAACUAUCCUGUAACCCUUCCUUUGAGGCUGCCAUAUUCAGGAGAUCCAGCAAUUCUUGAUAUAGAGGAAUUUGGGGAGAAUUCAGAAACAGCAAAUUAUGAUGAAAAUUCUACAAAUCCUGCCGUAGAUCUUGGUUUAAUGGAGGAAAAUAGUGAGGCAAGUAUGUUUUUUCUUCAGUUACCACCAACUGUUCCCAUGGUAAAGCGAUCAGCUCUUGCAGAUGGCCAUGGUGGCAAGGAAAGCUCAAGGCCUUCUGGAGAUCCACUUUCGAUUGAGAAGAGCUCUAAAUUAGAGGAGUUACCAGCUGGCUACAUGGGUAAAAUGGUAGUUUACAAGAGUGGUGCAGUGAAGCUCAAGCUUGGUGACACCCUUUAUGAUGUCUCCCCAGGUCAGGAUUGUUCAUUUUCCCAGGACGUUGUGGCUAUAAAUACAGCAGAAAAGCAUUGCUGCACUGUUGCGGAGAUCAGAAAGCAUGCUAUAGUCAUCCCUGAUGUGGAUGCCAUUAUUAAAAGUAUUGCUGAUUUGUGACAGACAUACUGAUCCUUAUGCAUAGAUAAAAAUAGUAAAUUUAUAUAUUUUUUUUUCCCAAAAAAAAAGUUAUACAAGUUAUGCAUUUUUGUCUGUUAGCCAUUUUUUUAAUGGGAGAAUAGGGAAAAGAAUGAUGAAAAAUUUUUGCUCUUUGGACUA